AUGGGGAACUCAGAGAGCAUGUGGUGGACUUUAGUUGAGUGCACAUGCAGGAUCCUUGGGGUUUCUACAGUCAUAGUGCUGUGUGCUGUGGGAGUGGAGACUGUACAGCAGGGGGAAUUCAACAGCCUUGGCAUCUACCUGAUAACGUCUUCUGCUGGCAUCAUGAUGUUUGAGCUAGCCUACUUCCUGGAUGCUCUUCUAUCCAUGUGUCUUCCAUGUCCUCCAAACUGGCAGGUGUUUGUCUUGUGGGGGAAGAUGGCUCGUGUUGGUGGUUUCCAUAAAUUCCUCUAUUACUCCAUCAUGUCUGUAGUUUGCUUCCUGCACCCCGUGUUGGUGUGGCAUGCAGUUAUUCCAGGUUCAAUGCUUCUGAUGACAGCCUUUUUCAACUUCAUCCUGAGCAAGAAAAAAAAGACCAAGUUCAAAAGUCCACUGGAGCGAAACAGCAACCAAGGCCUGACAACGCUUUGUGCGACAGAGAGGUCCAACUCACAAAGCACAUUUUCAGCCUUUGAUGAGGGGACAGGAAGGAGCAGAGAGGGGUUGGCUGACCCAGACACAGUCCAUGUCCUCGGUCCUGAAGAAAGAGAGGGUAUCCAGGCCAUGCCGGGGCGGGAACAGACCACAGCAGCUGAAGACACAGACAGGAGGAAAGGAUGGAAAGAGAGGAAGCUGACAUGGUUUAAAUGGGGGGUGGAGCCUGUGGAGAGGGAGAUGGAGGAGAUAGAUGGUGAGGCUGAGCCGGACACCACCUUAGACACUGCACCGAUGAUCACUGACUGA